AUGAUAAAGCAAGACAUGCUGUGGGAUGUGAUUGACAAGUCACUACCCUAUGAGAGACAUUUUGUGUGUGCAGGUGGGCCUGCAGAUGGUCGGCUCGUCCCUGGCGACCAGCUUGUGAAGAUCAAUAACGUCUCUGUCGAUGACCUGACCCCGGAGCAAGCUACUGAGAUAAUCAGGGAGUGCCCAGAUACGUUGACUAUGACGGUACUCAGAACAAUGCUGGGCCCAAAGUCAUCAUUUAUCACACCGGAGAAGAGGGCCAAGCUCAGGUCCAACCCUGUGAAAGUCCACUUUGCUGAGGAGGUGGAAGUUAACGGACACACACAGGGGAACUCCCUGCUCUUCCUGCCCAAUGUACUGAAGGUGUACCUCGAGAACGGGCAGACCAAGGCCUUCAAAUUUGAGCCCACUACCACAGUCAAGGACAUUGUGAUGACACUGAAGGAAAAGCUUUCUCUGAGCCGCAUUGAGCAUUUCUCGCUAGUGCUGGAGCAGCAGCACAGCAUCAGCAAAUUGCUGUUGCUACAUGAUGAGGAGAGGAUACAGCAGACUUGGGGCAUAGAGAACUUUGUGUCAUCCACCUUGCUGAGGAACAUGCGAGAAAAGGAUCUGAGAAAGGCCAUCGGCUACCACAUGAAGAAGAGCCAAUCCCUGUACGAUCCCAAGCAGAAGGGCCUGUCAGUCGAUCAGACACGGAUCAACUAUCUGGAGGAGCUGAGUGAACUCAAAUCAUUUGGAGGGAAAUCUUUUGGUGCCACCAUGAUGCUCCAGGACAGGGAGUCGAUGGUGACCCUUUUAGUGGGAGCACGGCACGGGGUGAGUCAGAUUGUCAACCACAAGCUGAGCAUCCUGUCCUCCCUCACAGAAUUCACCAGCAUAACACGCAUCGAGCUGCUGCCUGAAUCGGAAAAGGUCAGCCUGGUCAAAAUAUACCUGCAGGACAUCAAGCACAGGAAGGAGGUGAAGAGCGUGCAGGAUUGUGGACAAAUAGAGAUCCACGUAACGGACAAUGAUUCGGGGAGACAUGCUAGACAGGAAGGGGAGAUGGGAUGUGAAGAGGAUGUGCGAGCAGCAGAGGAGGAGCCGUCUGUAUCAGAUUCAUGUCAUACGGACUCUCGUGUCCUCACCAGCGUCUCCAGUGACACUCUCGAUGGCCUGGAGGAAGAUGACUUGAUAUCAUGCUCCUCUUCCUCUAUCCACGCCAGUGCUGCUUCACAAAGUCACGCCAGUGUCCACUCUUCGUUUCACCUUCACCCUUAUUCUCAUGGGCACGUACAGCCUCACCUGCUUGCCCCACCACCUGCGCACUCCCAUCCCCUGAUUCACCUCACAACUCCUGACAGAGGAGGAGGAGGGGCCUGCAGGAGAUCAGGCGAUGGAGCCGAUCCCCAGCUCACCUCACCCGUCUCCACUUCUUCUCAGAGCCUUGCUGAUGCCCAAAGAUCUUCAGGUAACCUCUGCACCGAUGACAGCUCCCUGUGUUUCGCGGAGCUCUCCCGCCUCGUGGACUUCCUGCCGAGCCCUCCAGAGGCCAGCGAGGAAGACGACGACGAAGAAGAGUUGAGGAGGAGGAGGAAUGCGUUAAAAGAAACAGAUGGGGGAAGAGAGGGAGGAAGUGUAAGCAAGGAAGGUGGUUUUAAAGAAGAUUCGUCAUCGCCUUCCCCGUCUUCAAACGCAGACUUUGUGUUUAACUUUGUCCAGAGCGACGCACGCUGCUACUACAACAUCUGCUCCAACAUCACCCCCGACAGCGCACGCAGCCUUUCUCAUAAACAGAGAGAAGAGAGGGAGGAGGAGACUCAAGAUGAAGACCUGGAGCCAAUACCCAUCCUGCACCCGCCCCCUGGCUUUGGAGACAGCAGCUCUGAUGAGGAGUUCUUUGACGCCAGGGAUCGUUUCACCUCACCUGAAGACCUGACAUCAGGCGCUGUACCAAGAGACAUUUGCACAGAGAUGAAGCUGGACUUCCUCAGCGCACUGAGCCUCAGUGAUAUCAGAGUCUCUGUGCCGGACACAGACAAAGUUAGAGAAGCAGAAGAUGAUAGAAAAUGGCGAGAGGAAGAAGGAGGAGGCAGAGAAACUUUGUUCCAGCUCAGGAAAAGAUCGAGGAAGCGGCGUUCCUUCAUGGAAACCGAUUACACGUCCAGGGUGUCGUAUCCAGAGCCAGAUCCAGAGUCAAAGCAGGCCCUGGCUUCCAAGCGGUGUCAUAAAAAGCAUUUGGGAGAAGUCAGCGAUGCCCAGAUCCUCAGUUCAGAUCCUGAACCUUCAGAGCAAACCAAGAAUCCUAGCCCCACUGUCUCCUCACUUACUCACUCUGAAGGGGAACCUGCUCAGCUUGAGUCAAAGCCCAUUCUGUCAACACUCUGCUCGCGUGCACCAGGUUUUGGUUCUCUUGAUCAGCCUAGAGACCCAAAUCCUGCUCCCAAAACCAGGAAACAGGAAAUGGAGAUGGAACCUGACGCAAUGGAGUCCAAAUCGGUCACCGAUCUGGUGAAAUCAGUGUCUCCAACCAUCACUGUUGUCCGCUGCCGUGUGGAUCCAGACGGGAAGGAGAGUGCCGAUCGGAGGGGUGACGGAAAGGAGGAAGGGGAGGGACAGGAGCAGGAUAGGGAAGGGAAAGAGGAAGGGAAGCCGGAGUCAGCAGGUUUGACAGGGAAUGGACCGUUCAGUAGUCAUAUGUUUUUGCAAGAAAUCAUUAAAGAGGAGGAAGAGAAGAAAGAGGGAGUGGGAGCAUACUCGUCUAGCUUGAAGAGACCACUUGUGGGUGUGCAGGCGCCACCAGAAAUCCACAUACUGUCUCCAUGUUUACCAGACGGGAAUAAAAAGGGCAGUAACGGCCUUUUGGUGUCCAGUUUGAUUGCACCAGAGAUGAAAGAUGCAGAGGAAUACAUGCUUAAAGGCCCCUCAUAUUCACCACCACCACCCCCACCUUCAUCCCCUCUGCCCUCAGUACCAGUCCUUCACAAAUCCCAGAGUGGGUGUGUAGUGAAGGAGGAAGAGGGCAGCGAGUACGUGGAAAUCCAAAACAAAAUUACAGCUUCAGAUUAUGUGGAACACAAUCCGAAGACAAGCAAUGACAAAGAACAGGCACACGUAAAGGUCACAAGCGUUAACGACGACGAUGCCAUCGGGGCUGUGACCGUAAGCGAUGAAGUUACAGACAGCACCACUUCUGACAAUGUUUUUGAUGAUGAUGAUGAUGUUGAUGAAGUGAGUAAUUCACUGAGUGACAGGAGAGACGACAGGACUAAAGCUACAAAGUGUAGAGCUAAAUCAGCAGGUCAAAGCGAGUCACAAAUCAAGUCUCGCACAAGAAUUCAUUCUGAUUAUACUCGUGCUAUAAACUCAAUUACAGCAAAGCUCGGAGCUGCAACAAGCGCCGCGCCUCCUACUUUUAAUUCAGGUGUUGGAUUUCUCAGUGCUUUAAAUCAAACCGUGGAUAAACCCAGGAGUGAAACCCAAAGUGCUGAAGAUAAAGAAAGUUUAGCUAGUUCGAAGUUAGAAAAGACUAGCAUGGCUACAAUCACCGAUCUCGCUAAACAACCUACUUCUCCGACUCAUUUCCUCUUCCAAACCUGUUCCCCCGCCAUCAUGGGCCGAUUAUCUGUGUCAACGCUUAGGGGGAAGAUUCAACAGCUGCCUCUUUAUUUAUCACGAUCUCAAGAGUCUCUCAGUCAACCCGGGAUUGGGAACGUGGCCCGGAGUCCUGCUGAGGACACCAAGGAAGAAGCAGAGGUCACCAUUAAAGUAACAGACGUUAAUGAUGUCAAACAAAAUGCUGACUUAGAAGUUGGCAACACUGCGGAGUCGGUAGAGUCAGAUGAUUCGGAUACAACGGUCACAGGAUCGGAGGUGGACGGGGAGGUUUGUGUAGAACUAACAUCAGCAAAGAGUCUUAAUUCAGGGACAGAGGUGAAGGAGGAGGUCAGCUCUGACCUGCCUGUUCAGACCGAGCCUAAGCCCCAACAUCGAAAUUUGUUGUACUCUGGAUCUGAUAAGGACACACCAGGACCAAUAACAGAGCCCCCAGCCUCCAUAGUGAGCCAACUCCAAAGAGAUGCCGCAGGUUUAAAGAUGGACACUCCUGGUCCCAUAAAAGACUCUCCAGAACCAAACUCCAAAGUCACAAGUCCAGAUGCAGACGCACCAGGUUAUAAAACAACCAAUCGAUCACCUUCCAUCCCUCCUGCAAUCGUGGUGACCACAGAGAAUCUAAAUGGGCCCAGGCUUCCUUUUCAGCCACAGAAAAUAAGAAGGACAAGUAGCGACAGGCCUUUAAUUGAUCUUUGUAGACCUUCAGAGAAAGUUUCAGGCUCACCAAAAACACCUCCUUCAGGCUGCAGAGUAUUCACUAUCUGUGAGGAUUCAACAGAGACAAAGGCCCAGGCCGAGGUGGUGUCUGCUCCACCUCUGAAGUCAGAGUUUGGGUGUGGUUCUGUGCUAUCGUCUGGAUGCGAGUCGAUCGUAGAGGGGGUGCAGGUGCCACUGGACGCUUGCGGUUGCCCAGCUGUUUACACAAACUGCUUCGGAAGCGAGGACAGCUUCGAUGAUGAGCUGACGGUCUACGAGUUCUCCUGCCGCACACAGAGCAGCGAAGUAACGCAGACUUCUGGGGCAGGUCUUCCUCUAAUGAGCUCUUCCCCUGUUCCCUCCUUUCUUUCCCCUAUGUCCUCCCAUUCCCCCUCGUUUCCUCGUUCCAUUCUUUUCUCCACUUCUACCUCUGAGCUCAGCCCUCUUCUCUCGCCUCUCUCUGACACCUCUGACCCUUUCACUUCUCAAACGCACAAGGACACCAUGAGUCGGCUGGGUCAGCAGCGCUACCCAGAACCUCCCACGGGUUUCCAAGUACUCCGCUUAGAUGUAGACCAGCUUCUUUCCAUUCUAGAAAGCAGCAAUGCUGACCGAUCCGUAGGAGGACACAGAGCUCGUCACCCAAGAGAAACGUGCCCUGCUCACUUUACGGAGAACAAAAGGGUGCUCCAGAUGGAAGCACGGCGGCUGAUGUCAGGCUGCCAAAAGGUGGUGGGGAUCGGACAGAGCCCAGAGGAGAUGCUUCACUCUCUGGCCAACAGUUUCCGGACCCUGGUGGAGCUGGCAGGCGUGUGCCUCUGGUUUUCUGGGUGCGACAGGUGCGACCGGAGGAACGCAGAGGCCGUCGCAGGUCUGGCAGAUGUGGCCCGCUCAUUCAGGGACUUCUGCCUGGCGGCGGAGCGUGCCAGCAGCAAACGCAGCUGCCAGGACCUGAGCACCAAGCUGCUAGCCAAACAGUGCACAGCACUCACCGCCUCAGUCUUCUGCCUCACUCAGCUGUUCCGCACCCUCACUACACUCUGAGGCGACCGCAGCCCUUCGAGAAAUUACCUUCAGCCUUGCGACCUGUGGCGUUCAACUCCACAUCCGUGAGGUCACCAGUGAGCUCACAGCUGCUGUAGGUGUGGAUAAGUGUGACCUGGGACUCUCGGCUUGCGGUGCUGUUCCUAGGAAGCUCAAAAAACUGGGGCCGGUUAACAGUUUUUUUUCUGGUUAUCAAGGCAGAGAUCGCCGAGGCGCAUGUGGUGACUGACUAGCUGUGCACGUACUGUACCAAACAAACCAGAUGGAUAGCCAAGAGCCAGACUGUAGAGUGCUGCAAGCUUGCAUUCCAAUAUCAAAGCUGAUGUACUUGAAUGUAUUCUGUGUUAUUAACUGUUUAUUUAUUGAUUGAUUGGUUUAUUUAAUGAGAUACUGCAGUUUGUCUAAGGAAGAAAGGAAUGUCAAGGAAUAAAUAUGGAAAUGUUUACAGUCAUAGACAGAGGAGCAGCGGUGUGUCAAAGUAGUGGGCCUUUUUCACACAUGCACAAGCACACAUGUAAUCGAUGCAGAGUAACUCUGACUCAUCCAUUCAUACACUGGCCUUCUGUUCAACAGACUGACCAUUUUAACUCUUCUCAUCAUCUGACUGCAGUUUACAGAUUCUUAUAUACUGGAUCUUAAUAGGACGUCGGUGAAGACUUUUUCUGAAUGUUAAUGUUUACAAAACCAAAAACUAGUGUGGGACAUGAUUUGAUGAUUUCAAGCCUGAAGCCAUUUGCUGUUUUAUAAACCUAGUAGUGGAAUGCUCAUGUAUGCGCGUUGCAGGAUUUUACGAAACGGCACAUUGAGUUUUUUGUCCUUUUACACCAACAUUUGAUAGGAUCUGUGGAAACGUCAAAGAUUCUCAACAUUUUCUUUAAUUUAUUUUCUCUUUGACUGAAACCUUCCGGUGCAUGGUGACGUUACCAUUGCAGCUCCUUGCAUUUAUUUCCAUAUAUUCAUUUAUUUUUGUAUAUUCCACAACAGUCCGCAGGCUACAGAAGAUACUUAUCAAUAGGUAUUAAAGGUGUGUGACAGUUCUUGAGUUUCUGAUUGCUUUCAAGAUUAUAAAAACCAUCACACCUCUGCUUGAGUUCUGAGGAUGAAGAAAAACGACUGUCCCUUAUACUAAGUGCAUUAUUAUAGAUUUCCCAGUAUGACUACAAGUACUUGACCAGUGACAUAACUUGGCCACAGAAUGCAGUAUUAGCUUUUACAGCCUUUGACUAAUUGUGUAGGCCGGUCAGACCCAGCGAUUGGUUCACAGCCUCUUCUUGGUUUUCUUUAAAAUUUGACACGGAAAUUAUGUAAAACUUAAAAUUUAUUAUUGUGGAUGAGCUGCUGUAUGGCAGCAUUUUCACUGGGAAUGUUUAACAGUUAAAAGGCUCGACACACAAGACCUGCAUGUUCACUGCAGAAGUAACCAUCAAAACUCGUUUCACCACUUCAGUUCAGGGGAUACAGUAAACUGCAAACGGUGUUUCUUUUUAUGAUAGCAGCCAAAAUGCUUUUAUUCACGUUACUGUUUUGUUUCAUUAGGUUCCAAUAGGAUAUUUUCCUGUAUUAUUUUUUCCAGUUUGCAGAGAAGAAUGGGUUUAGUUUUACCAUUAUCUCAGCGUGGGCGUUUCCCUAAAAGUAAUGAUGGAAAACCUUUUUUUAAAGUCCUCUGUGCUCACGAAGCAUGCUGUUAUAAUCCAUAAAAUGCAUUGUUAUCUCUUCAGGGAUUUUAUCUGUGAAUGACGGAUAGAUGAAGUCUGUGCUUGCUUUGUAAUGCUCAAUUCCCACCAUUAAAAACUAUG